UUAGGCGAAGCCUUUGUGACGUUGGCCACCAACGACAACUACGCAAAAGGGGCCAUGGUCCUGGGCUGCUCGUUACGAGAGCAUCGCACCACCAGGAAGCUCGUCGCCCUUAUUGGACCUCACGUCACAGAGCCCUGCAGGGAGGCAUUGCAUUCCAUCUUUGAUGAGGUGCGCUCGGUGGACAUCAUGGACUCGGGCGACGCCGCCCAGCUGGCACUGAUGCAGAGGCCCGACUUGGGCGUGACCCUGACCAAGCUACAUUGCUGGACACUAACGCAUUACGACAAGUGUGUGUUCAUGGAUGCCGACACCAUGGCGCUGUCCAACAUUGACGAGCUUUUUGAGCGGGAGGAGCUCUCGGCCGCGCCCGAUCCCGGUUGGCCGGACUGCUUCAACUCAGGGGUGUUCGUUUUCCGGCCGUCUGUCGAAACGCACGAGAAGCUGCUAACCUUCUGCGCAGACAACGGAAGUUUUGACGGUGGCGAUCAGGGCAUACUCAACAGUUUUUUCAACACGUGGGCAACAGCAGACAUAUCCAAGCACCUCCCUUUUGUCUACAACCUCAGUAGCAUCGCCAUCUACUCUUAUCUGCCUGCUUUCAAACACUACGGCCGUGACGCAAAGGUGGUCCACUUCCUGGGUAAGACCAAACCUUGGUGCUACAGCUACGACGCCCAGAGCGGUGAGGUGGUCAACCGUCCGCAGGAUCCCGAGUCGGGACGGCUGCACCCAGAUUAUUUGCAGACCUGGUGGCGGAUGUACGCCACGUCGGUGAUGCCGUUGCUGCAACGGGCCUAUGGUGACCAGCCCUUCAACAGUGGCGUCUUGGAAGCGAGCUGUCAAGAAAAGCUCCAGCAAGACAAGCCCGGGGAUCAGAUGCCAUCCUCCCCAACAAUCGCCCCACCGACCGGCACCGCCCCCUCCCCUCGGCGGGUCUCGUCAGAAGAGCGAAAGCAGCGCUGGGAGGCGGGCCAGAUGGACUACUUGGGCGACGAUUCCUUUGCCAACAUUGAGCGCAAGCUGGACUCCUUUCUCAAGUAG